ACCGCGAUCGGUGCAGGCCGGGAAGGCGACAGGGACAUGGCCGCUUCCUCCCUGGGGGCCAGGCCAGCCCGCGCGGCGGCCCCUCGGUGCACACCGACACGGGGCUGAACGGGGAAGCCCGGCAGCCCCAGGCAGGCAGCCCUCCUUCCAGGCAGAAAGGCGAGCAGGGCGCCCACGCCGUGCACGGCAGCGGUGCCCUGGGCACGCAGGCAGCCCUUGGGAGUGUCGGGGUGCACCCCUGGGACCUGGCAGCUGGCCCCAUGGCACGGGCAGGCAGGGGGCACCCGCGUCCUGCAGGCACAACAGGGUGCUGGGGACGGAGAAGUUCCCGGAGGGACCCGGCUGCGCUGACACCAGCACGGGGUGCACAGGGAUGGGGCACGCAGGCAGCCUGACCCUAGGAACCCCCGGAGCGGGCUGGGGCCACCUGGGGAUGCUCAGCUGGGGCACUGCCCCCCCUGGGUUCCCCUCAGCCCCCCGCUAUCCAUGCCAAAUAAUUACUCCUCGGGGUGGAGUGCUGGGAGGCACAGCGUGGCGGUGGCGGGGAGUGGGACAGCGCUGCCGGGGAGCACCCCAGCCCUUGUCACUCCCCUGCUGCAGGUUGGAGGCACGGAGAGGCCGCGCGGCUCCCUGACCACCCACGUGCUGAACACGGCCACGGGGCUGCCCGCCGCCCGCCUCGCCCUCCGCCUGGCCCAGCUGCAGGAGCCGGGGGCGCAGUGGAGGGAGCUGGCGCAGAGGUGGACAGACGAGGACGGGCGCUGCCUGCCGCUCCUGCCUCCGGGGCAGGCUAAGGCUGGCACCUACAAGCUGCGCUUUGAGACGGGGGAGUACUGGCAGAGCCUGGGGCACACCAGCUUCUACCCCUUCGUGGAGGUCGUCUUCACCAUCACCGACCCAGCCCAGAAGCUGCACAUCCCGCUGCUGAUCAGCCCCUACUCCUACACAACGUACCGGGGCAGCUAGGGCAAGGCCCAUCCUCCCCGCAGGGCCGCCGGUCGCUGGGGGGGAAACCACACGACUGACACCAUUAAAGGAUUCAAACAGCA